UGUCUGGACCCCGAGCUGGUGAACUGUCUGCCAUCCCACAGUUCAGCCCCCUCUACCUUCCACUGCAUGGAAACUAGGAGCCGGGCUCCCAGAAGACAGAUGUGUCCGCCUGGGAUCCUUUGGCUGGCCCUGGCCUAUCUGCUCAGCUGCCUGCUUGCCUCCAGCAAGGCCAAGGUCUUCAGUCGUUGUGAGCUGGCCAAAGAGCUGCAUAGCUUUGGGCUGGAUGGCUAUCGCGGAUAUAACCUGGCUGAUUGGGUCUGCCUUGCUUACUACACAAGUGGCUUCAAUACAGCUGCCGUGGACCAUGAAGCUGACGGAAGCACCAACAAUGGCAUUUUCCAGAUCAGCAGCCGGAAGUGGUGCAAGACUCUCAUCCCGAAUGGCCCCAACCUUUGCCAGCUAUACUGCACCGAUUUGUUAAACCAAGAUCUCAAGGAUUCUGUCAUCUGUGUCAUGAAGAUAGUUCAAGAGCCCCAGGGUCUGGGCUACUGGGAGGCCUGGAGGCAUCACUGCCAGGGCAAGGACCUCAGUGACUGGGUGGAUGGCUGUGACUUCUAAGAUCCUCUCUGGAUGGACCAAGCCACACACAGCUGACUGGGAAGUGUGGCUUUGUUCCUGACACAGGCUUGGGAAGACAAGCCAACUAAU